AUGAUGUCGUACCUGAAAGUUAUGAUCAUAUGGAACAUACUUUGCUUAUCCCUGGUGGUCCUUUCACUGUCCUUGAUUCCAGAAGUGUCUUCUCAAGAUGUAUCAAGCUGUGCAGGGAGAUGUGGGGCAGGGUAUUCUAGAGAGCAUGACUGCCAGUGUGAUUUUAAGUGUCACGACUACAUGGAGUGCUGCCCUGACUUCAGGAAAGUCUGCACAGUGGCCGCCUCCUGCGAGGGACGCUGCUUCGAAUCCUUCGAGAGGGGAAGGGAGUGCGACUGCGAUGCCGAAUGCGAGCGAUACGGCAAAUGCUGCCCGGACUACGCCAAGCACUGUAAAGAGGAGAAGCCAACACCGGAGACUCCAGAAAAAUCUAAAAGGUCCUCCACAGAUGAGGAAGAGUCACCAGAAGAAGCUGUGGAAGAUCCUGAAAUCCAAGUGACCACUCCUGCUCCAACUACAGAACCUGCAGAGACAACCAUUGGGGACACAGAGGCACCAACCACCACCGAAGACACUCCCACAACCCCAAAGGUAGAGGAGACAACCCCUGAGGCCACAGAGGAACCAGUCACCGAAGCGGAGCCUCCCACUCCGGAUCCAGCAGAAGAUGUGACACCUGAUGCCACAGAGGAACCGCCGACUGAAGUGGACCCUACUGACAUCCUGGCAACACAGGACCCAACCCCCGAUGCCACCGAGGAACCAGCAACCGACACCGAGCCACCCACCGCCCCCGAGGAGACAACCCCAGAGGAGGUGACAACACCCACACCAGAGGAGACAACCCCAGAGGAGCCUACAACCCCCCCACCAGAGGAGACAACCCCAGAGGAGCCAACAACACCCACACCAGAGGAGACAACCCCAGAAGAGCCCACAACCCCUCCACCAGAGGAGACAACCCCAGAGGAGCCAACAACAACCACACCAGAGGAGACAACCCCAGAAGAGCCCACAACCCCUCCACCAGAGGAGACAACCCCAGAGGAGCCAACAACAACCACACCAGAGGAGACAACCCCAGAGGAACCAACAACACCCACACCAGAGGAGACAACCCCAGAGGAGGAGCCCACAACCCCCACCCCAGAGGAGACAACCCCAGAGGAGCCAACAACACCCCCACCAGAGGAGACAACCCCAGAGGAGCCCACAACCCCUCCACAAGAGGAGACAACCCCAGAGGAGCCAACAACCCCUCCACCAGAGGAGACAACCCCAGAAGAACCAACAACACCCACACCAGAGGAGACAACCCCAGAGGAGGUGACAACACCCACACCAGAGGAGACAACCCCAGAGGAGCCAACAACACCCCCACCUGAGGAGACAACCCCAGAGGAGCCAACAACACCCCCACCAGAGGAGACAACCCCAGAGGAACCAACAACACCCACACCAGAGGAGACAACCCCAGAGGAACCAACAACACCCACACCAGAGGAGACAACCCCAGAGGAACCAACAACACCCACACCAGAGGAGACAACCCCAGAGGAGCCAACAACCCCCACACCAGAGGAGACAACCCCAGAGGAGCCAACAACCCCCACACCAGAGGAGACAACCCCAGAGGAGCCAACAACACCCACACCAGAGGAGACAACCCCAGAAGAACCAACAACCCCCACACCAGAGGAGACAACCGCAGAGGAGCCCACAACCCCCACCCCAGAAGAGACAACCCCAGAAGAAACAACAACCCCGACACCAGAGGAGACAACCCCAGAAGAAACAACAACCCCGACACCAGAGGAGACAACCCCAGAAGAAACAACAACACCCACACCAGAGGAGACAACUCCAGAGGAGCCCACAACCCCUCCUCCAGAGGAAACAACCCCAGAAGAGCCCACAACACCCACACCAGAGGAGACAACCCCAGAGGAGCCAACAACACCCACACCAGAGGAGACAACCCCAGAGGAGCCAACAACACCCACACCAGAGGAGACAACCCCAGAAGAGCCCACAACCCCUCCACCAGAGGAGACAACCCCAGAGGAGCCAACAACAACCACACCAGAGGAGACAACCCCAGAAGAGCCCACAACCCCUCCACCAGAGGAGACAACCCCAGAGGAGCCAACAACACCCACACCAGAGGAGACAACCCCAGAGGAACCAACAACACCCACACCAGAGGAGACAACCCCAGAGGAGGUGACAACACCCACACCGGAGGAGACAACCCCAGAGGAGCCCACAACCCCCACACCAGAGGAGACAACCCCAGAGGAGCCCACAACACCCACACCAGAGGAGACAACCCCAGAGGAGCCCACAACACCCACACCAGAGGAGACAACCCCAGAGGAGCCCACAACACCCACACCAGAGGAGACAACCCCAGAGGAGCCCACAACCCCCACACCAGAGGAGACAACCCCAGAGGAGCCAACAACAACCACACCAGAGGAGACAACUCCAGAAGAACCAACAACCCCCACACCGGAGGAGACAACCCCAGAGGAUGUGACAACACCUAAGCCAGAGGAGACAACCCCAGAAGAACCAACAACACCCACACCAGAGGAGACAACCCCAGAGGAGCCUACAACCCCCACACCAGAGGAGACAACCCCAGAGGAGCCCACAACACCCACACCAGAGGAGACAACCCCAGAGGUGACAACCCCAGAAGAACCAACAACCCCGACACCAGAGGAGACAACCCCAGAAGAAACAACAACCCCGACACCAGAGGAGACAACCCCAGAGGAGCCAACAACACCCACACCAGAGGAGACAACCCCAGAGGAGCCAACAACACCCCCACCAGAGGAGACAACCCCAGAGGAGCCAACAACACCCACACCAGAGGAGACAACCCCAGAGGAGCCCACAACACCCACACCAGAGGAGACAACCCCAGAGGAGCCAACAACCCCUCCACCAGAGGAGACAACCCCAGAGGAGCCCACAACACCCACACCAGAGGAGACAACCCCAGAGGAGCCAACAACCCCGACACCAGAGGAGACAACCCCAGAGGAGCCCACAACACCCACCCCAGAGGAGACAACACCAGAGGAGCCCACAACACCCACAGAGGAGCCCACCACCCCUAAACCAGAGGAGACAACCCCAGAGGAGCUGACAACUCCCAAACCAGAGGAGACAACUCCUGACGAUCCAACAACCUUGGCAGACUCUCCCACCACCACUAUCCCUGAAGAGACAACGCCAGAGAAGACAACAACCCCCAAAACAGAGGAGACAACCCCAGAGGAGCUGACCAUCUUGGCAGACUCUCCCACCACUCCCAAACCUGAAGAAACAACCCCUGAGGAGCCAACAACCUCCAAACCAGAGGAGACAACCCCAGAGAAGCCAACAACCAUCCCCACAGCUGAGGCAGGCACGAUGCUUUCAGAUACCACAAUGGAGAACAAGGAGACAACAACACCUAAGAAAGACAGAACUACUCUACUUAAAGACAUUUUCACAGCUGCAACUGGGAAAGACACAGUUACUGUAGCUAUGGUGACAACAGCUAAACCAGGCGAUUCUCCUAAAGGCAUGGAUGACAUUUCAAACACAGCUCCUAUGGCUGAGCAACCUGUCACUACAGUAUCAGAAACAACUUCUACAGACACCAAGACCGCAACAAUAGCAGCCACAGCUCCCUUGUCCAAUCCCACUGUGCUGGUAACAACCAUCAAAGAAGAUUCAACUCCUCAACCCAGUGAGGCUUUAACACCAAGUGAAAAAGAGACAACUAUAGAGACUGAGCAGGCUGGGCCAGCAGCAGACAAAGAGAGCCCAGGUGCUACUUGUGUUAUUGUGGAGAUGACAACAGCUGGUAAAAAAGAGGUAACAACCAUCAAAGAAAUGGACACCACACCUGAGAAGGAAAUGGAAGAUGUCACUGAAAAGGCUCCUGGUAUUGCCAAAGAGGUAACGACAGUUACCAAGGAAACCACAACAAGAGAUAAAAAGGACACAAUAGAAGAAAUGUAUCUUGUGUCUAAUGGGACAUCCAAGCCAACAAUACAUUUCCAGGAGGUCACUGAGGCCGGAGAAGAGCCUCACCCAACUGAACCUGAAACUCUGCCAGGGGAAGAAGAGCUCGAUAUAAACAAGCCUUUAAUACAAGUUGGGGAUCUGCCAAUGUUCCCUGGAGAAACACAAGAGAGGAAGAACGACGAGAAGGACCUGUGCAGCGGCAAGCCAGCGGACGGCAUGGUGGCCCUGCCCAAUGGCACCCUGGCCGUCUUCCGAGGUCACUAUUACUGGCUGCUGAACGGCCGGAGCCCGCCGACCACCAACCCCCGCCGGAUCACCGACGGCUGGGGCAUCCCCUCGCCCAUCGACUCUGUCUUCUCCAGGUGCAACUGCGAUGGGAAAACCUUCUUCAUCAAGGGUCCCCUGUACUGGCGCUUCACUAAUGGUGUUAUGGAUCCAGGCUAUCCCAAACCUCUUGCAACUGGAUUUGCAGGGUUAACUGGGAGAAUAGUAGCAACCCUCCCUGUGGCAAGAUACAACAACAGACCAGAAUCUGUUUAUUUUAUCAAAAGAGAUGGGAACAUGCAGCAGUACGUGUACAGACAAGAACCAGCCAGGAAGUGUCAAAGAAGAGCCCGGGUCACCAUCAGAUACCCAGCCUUUGUCCCCAGAGUCGUCAUCCGGCGGCGCUUCCAGCGCGCUCUGCAAAUGCCGACCGUCAUCCGCACCGUCAGGAUCAACCCCCACCCCUCUGGAGUUCUGCGCAAGGAAAUCCAAAUGACAACGUACUGGAGAGGGCUCCCCAAAGUUAUCCACUCAACCCUCUCUGUGCCCAACCAGAACAAGCCCGAUGGCUAUGAUUACUACGCCUUCUCUUACAAUCGGUACUACAAUUUGGAUAUUGGCAAAAGAAUAGCACGACCUGUUACUGCUCUCACAGGAAAGACUGUAUCCAAAGACUGGUACAACUGCCCCAGCAAGUGAUGUGCAGCAGAGGAGUUUAAAAGAAGAUGCCAUUUGAAUCUCAGCGUUUUUUCUAAUUUUAUUAAUAAAAGACAUUGAAAUGUG